AUGUCCGUCCUUGACGCCCUCAAGGGUGUUCUCAAGAUCUCUCUGAUCCACGACGGACUUGCCCGUGGUCUCCGUGAGGCCUCCAAGGCUCUUGACCGUCGCCAGGCUCACAUGUGCGUUCUCAACGAGGCAUGCGAGGAGGAGGCCUACAAGAAGCUCAUCGUUGCCCUUUGCGGCGAGCACAAGAUCCCUCUCAUCAAGGUCCCUGAUGGCAAGCAGCUCGGCGAGUGGGCCGGUCUCUGCCAGAUUGACCGUGAGGGUAACGCCCGCAAGGUCGUCAACUGCUCUUGCGUCGUCGUCAAGGACUGGGGUGAGGAGUCGCAGGAGCGCUCCAUCCUCCUCAACUACUUCCAGACCGAGCAGUAA